UAUUCCCAGCUGGACAGAAAUCGUCAGCACAGAAAUCGUCAGCACAGAAAUCGUCGGCUUAUUCCCAGCUGGCUAGUGUAGCUAGGGCGGCCAGCUGGACCUCCUGUUUCCAAAGGCUCCCCACUACAGCUACGAUUUUCCUUGGCCACGCUGACUACGCUGGCAUGCUCUUUAAGUUUUACUCUCUUUUAAAGAAGAGGUAGCGCUUGGUGGAAGCGGAACCAUGGGAACUCUGAUUGAACAUCUUCGUACUGUCUUCUUCACCAAUUAGCAAUCUCUAUAAGAUGAUCAUGGCAACAGACUUCGAGCAACAUGCCGAAUUGGUCCUGCACAAUCUGGAAUACUUGUUGUGCGUCUCCGUGCGGAAUGGAGAUACCUUGUGCGUGGAGGUCGAGCAGAGAAACGAUGGGAGCAGAUGGAGAGGGGAAUUUGAAGCUCAAUACGUGGAGGAGAUCACGCAGAAGACGGGGAGCUUCAAGCGCUUCCCAAUAUUUGUCCGGAUGCUCCGGUCAGCUGUCACUCAGGAGAGCGAGAGUGUCUUUGUGGACUUGCUUUCAUACACGGACCUGGAAGCUCUGAAAAACAAGAAAGCGGGGGCCCAGGCGGCAGGAUCAAGACGCCCCACUUCCAACAACAAGCGCUACCUCAUUCUCACAUACACGGCAGAAUACGACAGGGUCCAUUACCCCCUCCCUCUGCUCUAUGAAGAGCAUCCAGAGCCAGUUGCACUGAAGGGAACCAUCAAGCGCUUGCGGGACGAAGUAGAGUUUCUCCGCUCCCAACUGACCUCAAACAUCUCGCGUUCCCCAAAGCUCAACACGCGAGCUGGACUAGCUAGCAGAGACUCAGACGUAGACCGGUUGAAAGAGGAGAACGAAGCUCUUCGAGAGGAGCUGCAAAGUUUGCAAGAGGAUGGGGCCCAUGCAAGGCCAGAUGGCGAAGAAGGAGGGGCGGCAGAGCAGAUUGGAGAGUUGCAAAACCAGUUGGAUCGGGCCAAAAGGGAGAACAGGUUCCUGCAGGCAAAGCUUGAUGCGUCGUGUGAGGAGCUGGGAAGGCUCAAGCCCGGAAGAAGCCAAGCUGAGCGGGAACUCGAGAUGCUGCGAAGGAGGAUACAACGGAUAGAGGAGGACGCCACCGCUGAGCGCAACACACACAAGCGCGCGGUGACGCGACUGGCGAAGGAGAACGCGGGGUUGACGGACGAGCUUCAGAAGCUGAAGGAGGUGGAGAAGCGACUCCGGGUGAAGCUCCGCGAAGCUGAGGGUCAGCUCGACAUCCUGCGCCGCAGGCUGAGCCUUCGGGGCCGAGAGACGGCUCCGUUGAAAGGGCGGCCUUCCGCCCCCAACAGCCGGAACCCCUCCCCAGCCACGUCGCGGAACCCGACGCCGCCCGUUACGGCCAGGGAUCAGAGCAACAGGAGUCGCAACCCCUCCCCUCGGUUCCCCACUCGGGAUAUCAGCCCACCCGCGUUCAGACGACCCUUCGCUGCCGUCAACAGAAGCUGGACACCUCCAUCCUCCCGGCCUCCUUCAAGGCCCGCCUCCGCGCCAACAACUUACCGACGAUUCGACCCGACUGCAUACGUACGGGAACGUUCAGAAAAAUUGCGGCAGGGCCGCGCUGGUAGCAGCGAACGGCAAAGGUCGAGCAGUGCGGACGCCAGGGACAGCGGUCCUGACGUCCCUCGUGGCGUUCCGCGGUACCAGCGCGCGACCGCGGCAGCGAGUGCGCGAGCCCGCGGGUUUUCCAGUGCGUCCCCGAGCCCUGUCCGCGAGCGCUCGCCUCAGACGCGGCAGUGGGGGCAGAACGGCCGGGAACAGCCCGCGGCGCCGGUUAGAAGAUCAAGUACGGAGUACAACCGACCGCCAACGGGGUUGCAAGGAGGACGGUCGGCGCCUGUCAGCCCUUCCCGCGCGGAUUGGGACCGAGUCGGAACCAGGAACGGAAACGGAAACGGAAACGGGCUCCCGCCCCGACUGGACGAGGACCCGUUGCAGCCCUCGUCCCGGUCGAGCUCCCCGGGGCGCGCCCUGCGAGACGUCAAAGAACGGCUAGCAAAGUACGUGAGCAAAGAAAGCGGAGAGUCGGUGCCCGGCUCGAAGCCGGCCAACGACCUUGAAGGUCUGGCCUCUGGUUCGGAUGCCGGCAGGCUAGCUGCCACAGAACCGCAAAGUGUUCACGCCAUUGCCGAUGACACCAGUGCGGAAAUAGCUGACAUUGACUCCCGCUUGCAUGCGUUGCAAAACUUUUUGCGGGCUGCAAAAAGUGCAUCUGGUGGGCACAGUAGUGUAUCAUAGGGGAACCUUUGCUAAGACAGGUUCUAUUUAUAGCCUAAGUCAGUGGAGUUUUAUAAUAUUGUGACCUAAUUUUCUUAGGAGACAAGGAUCCGUUCUGUUCUCGUCGAGACCCUUCUCUUGUCGAGAAAGUCAGUAUAGACACAACCAAGAGUUUCUUCCAAUUGAGAUAGUUCUAGUCGUUAUCAUCUACCAUGGAGAACUGAUUUGUGGACCUGCUUGUACUUGUGAGAGCAUUUCGAGGAUAUUGAAAGUAAACUCUGUAGUGCACAGCAACGAGCAAGACUCAUUGUUGGUACAGCCAGAAUCGGUAUAUGGAUCGGUAUAGUUGAAACAGCUCGGAGUUCCCC